GAUCUGGGCUACGCUCCUGACUUCGUCCAGGUGGCUCUGGCUCCGUUCAUCAACGAUAUCCACAGGAAAGGCAUCCGUGUGGUCAGCAACGCCGGCGGAGUGAACCCUCUGGCCUGCGCCGAGGCCAUACAGGAAGUUGUCAGAAAGGCUGGGCUGGACCUGAAGGUCGCUGUGGUGACUGGUGAUGACCUCAUGCCCCACAGGAGCCUCCUGUCUGAAGUAAAGAUGGCCGACGGCAGCGGCCGACAGUCACUGCCGAAGACUCUGCACAGCAUGAACUCUUACCUGGGGGCCGAGCCGAUCCGCCGCUGCCUGGACCUUGGCGCCGACAUCGUGGUGACGGGACGCUGCGUGGACAGCGCCGUGGCUCUGGGGCCGCUCAUGCACYCCUUUGGGUGGAGGAGAAGUGACUACGACCUGCUCGCAGCAGGAAGCCUGGCAGGUCACCUGAUCGAGUGCGGAGCUCAGAGCACAGGAGGGAUCUUCACGGACUGGCACCUAGUUCCAGACUGGGACAACAUGGGCUUCCCGGUGGUCCAGUGUUCGCCCGACGGUUCCUUCGUUCUCUCCAAACCUCCGAGGACCGGCGGCCUGGUGUCGUUCGGCACGGCGGCGGAGCAGCUGGUGUACGAGAUCGGAGACCCGCGCAGAUACCUGCUGCCUGACGUCACCUGUGACUUCAGCCGGGUGGAGAUCCAGGAAGUCCCCGGUGUGGACGGAGGAGCCGUCAGAGUCUGUGGAGCCAAAGGUUUCCCUCCGUCUCAUGACUACAAGGUCUGUGCCACCUACAUGGACGGGUUCAGAGCGACGGCAGUGUGUCCAGUUGGAGGACCGAGAGCAGCAGAGAAGGCCAGAAGAACCGCAGAGAGCAUCAUCAAACGAACUAAACGGAUGUUUCAUCAGUUGGGAUUGGAGGACUUCCACUCAGUCAACAUCCAGGUGCUCGGAGCUGAAGACACUUAUGGGCCCAAUGCUUGUUUUAAGGACUCCAGGGAGGUGGUGAUCUGGUUGGCGGUCCACCACAAACAGAAGAAAGCUCUGGAGAUCUUUGCCAGAGAAGUGGCCCCUGCAGGGACCGGCAUGGCUCCUGGACUCACCGGCAUCGUGGGCGGACGGCCCAAAGUGUCUCCAGUUCUGAAGCCGUUUUUCUUCUUACACCCAAAAUCUCAAAUAAAGGUGGACAUUCACAUCAGUGGACAGCUGGUGGAGACGCUYUCAGAGGCGGGGCCAGACACGCCUGAAGAAGAUGAAGCCCCGCCCACCUCUGAUGAGGACGUACCUGACACAGACCUGCCCAGUGGACCACACUCCUACAGACUGCAGGACCUGGCUUACACCAGGAGCGGGGACAAAGGAGACACCGCAAACAUCGGAGUGAUAGCUCGUCAUCCUCUUUACUUCCCGUACCUGAAGCAACACCUGACUUCCUCWGUGGUGGAGGGAUACUUCUCCCACCUGAUGGAGCCGGGCCAGGACCACGCCGUCACGCGGGGAAAGCCUUCGGACAGAUGCUGCUGGACCUGAAGCUCACAGGACUGCCGGACCUCAAGUCUCUGGUGGACUGAGACCCAGAAACAACCAAACAGGACUAACGUGAGACGUUUGACCUCGGCGGGAACUCAGACGGAGAAAUACUGAAACCAGAUCACGUCCAAGAAUGAAAGCAUUCAACCGUGCAGGACUUAUAAAGAUGUGUUUUUAGGCUUUAAAUCAGUGGUUCCUGACCUGUUGUCCUUUCCUUACUUCCAUACAAUCACCUGAGGUGUCCCUCAGGGCUCAGUUCUCGGGCAKACUCUACAUUCUUGCGCUCAGUCACAUUAUCACUCAUUACAGGAUUCCAUUUCACUACUAUGCAGACGACACGCGGCUCUAUAUCAGAUCAGACCAUCAGCAGAAUCAACUCUUCACUCUCAACUGUCAUGAGGAAGUAAAAGCCUGGACGAACGUCUGUCUUCUGCAACUAAAUAUGUCAAAAACAGGAGCUACUUUAGUUGGCAUCAGAUUCACUCAUCAUAUUUUCUGACCACAACAUUCCUCUUCCCUCUGUAGUGACUCAUUUUUGUGUAAAAUUUYACACAUCUUWCAUUUGAAAUUCACAUCAAACACCUCUGGAAGACCUUUAAUCUCUACAUGACUCUUCUUUUCUGUUUCUGAAAAACUUGUUCACUUCCCUUUUCAGACAUUUAAGUGUUUAAAAUAUUUUAGUUUUUGACAUUUUAGCUUUUUUUAAAAAGGUUUUUUAUUUUUGUAGCGCUUUAAAAUCGAAAACUGUAAAGUGCAAUACAAAUACAAUCAGUUCUUUUUAUUAUAAGUAUAGUCAUUGUUGCUAAUUGCCCACUGAAACACACAAGGCAGUUGGUGCCGGUUAAACUAUAAACAAGAUAAAAUUAUUUAUUCUCUCAUAGCAUUCAUACAAACAAAUUUAUAAACAACACAUGACACAAUAUAAACUAUAUUUAAUUCAGUCUUUUAAAAUCCUGGAGUCAGUAAUGUAUCAAUAUUAAUCCAAAGUGGUAGCAUUGUGCUAAUUAGCUYCUAAUAUACAGUCUAAACCCCAUAGAAACCAGCUAGCAUAAUGCUAAUCUCUCCAGAACAGUCAUGCAGGAAAAACACAUUACUUCUAUAGUUUACGACACAAAAAUAAAUCUGAAGUUACACAAAUGUUUAAAUAACUUACCACAUCAGGCAAUGUAUUUAACUGUAAAUGAAGAAGUUUUCUGAAGUUAAUUUCAUUCUUUUAUUGACAAAGUCACCUCCGGUUUCCACAAUGUCACAAAAGUAAACAACCUAUAGAGCCCCCUGGUGGGAUGGACACCCCACCUCUACCAAACACACAUUAAACCUUUAUCCCUCUAUCAACAUAUACAUGGAWUAUUUAUAAACUUUUAUUUUGAAAGUGCAGAAAGAGAAGAGCUUGUUUUGGUGAUUUGGUCGGGAACCACUGCUGUAAAUGAACCUCAGCAGGUUUUAGUCGGUCCUCCUUCAGAACCUGCUGACUCAGCAGCAGUUUCAGGUUUGUUUUUUACCUCUGGUUGGUAAACAUUUGGUGGAUGACUUGUUGACCUCAGGGGGAGCUGACCUGAGCUCCUCCCCACUGCAGCGUUUCACUUUCAGACGUUUGGGUUUGAUAUGAAAGCCUCGUUCACCUCCAUACGACCCGCUGGUCCGCGUGGUGCUGAUUGAAAGCAGACUGGGACGGGAUCGGACCUCCUUCCAUCAGCUGCUGCUCUCUUCUCUGAGCUCUCUAAGAAACAUGUCAGAAGAAAAAACCAAGAACCAGAAAAUGUCAAACAUAAAGAGUUUAUUUUUUUGAACCACAUCAGACCGUCGGCCCACAACAAUGAGCCUACAGCUGGCCUGUAAACAAACAAUCAAAGACUUUGGAUCUCAGUAAAUCUGAGACGAAUUCCUCCAAAACCAGACCAUAAAUCAGGACUGGCACGGGUCACAUUUCUGUGACUUCACAAUAAAAUCUUUGAAUUCUUCCUCCUUUCAAACCAGAAACCACAAGUGUUUCCAUUUUGCAUAUUAAAGAGGAAGAGGAUGAAAAGGAGCGCUCUAGACCCACAUCUGUCCUCCAUUUGACUUCUGAAGAAARGGCGAGAUGUUCCAAACACUUUCUGGCAUCUUUGAGUCAUUUCUGUGUCGUGUUGGACUUUUCCCACAGCCGCUAUCUGGGUCAGGUUCUCAGACUGGGAGCUUUUCGUUUGGUUUUUCCUCCGACCUGUUGCUGUUUCACUUCCUGCUUUUCUUUACCAGCUCGGGCAUUUUCACCAGAGCUGGUCCUCGUUUAGUGUUUGGACCUGAAAGAAAUGAUUGAGUCCCAUUUGACUUCAACAGCCUCUGUGCCAAAAAWUAUUUCAUCUAUAAUUUAUCAGCUUACCUUUUGGAACCUUUAUUAGUUUUUGUCUUUUGGUUGUUGCUUGAAUAAUAAGACUCAUGGCUGAAUAUCAGCUAAAGRGCCAUGUUUUGACUUGUUUUAAAUGACUUCUCAGUCAUUUGUUUUGUUUGUGUGAAAAAAAGGCUGAAGUUACUGAAGUGAAGAGUUUAAAUUUGAAUGAAAAUGCUUUUGAUGGAACGUAAAAUGGUUUAUUUCCCUCUAACAUCACAUCACCACUCACUAGUUGUUUUGGUUUGUUUUAUUUUCUGUGAUUUUCUGUACAUCUCAGCUUCAAAUUGAGCUAUUUUGUAGAUAAUGAAGAAGAUAAUGGUGCAUCUAAAGCUGAAAACCACUGCUUUACAAUAAACUGUAAAAACAAGAUGUUUAAAAA